CCCCCUUAGUGAGUUAGUAAAUCUAUUUAGGAAUGCGAGGUUACGCUGUAGCCAGUUCGCACACUUUUAGAGUGCACAUUUAUUAUAUUGAUUUUAAGAGAAGUGGGUUGUAUAGCUAGUUUUAAAUCACGCAUGAAUAUAUGAGAAAUGUCCGACGUCACGAUGUAACGGGACUUGAUUUGUGUUUGCGGAGCUGCUUAAGUUUGUGAGAAAUAAAGCCGAGGAAAUGCAGCGGUUAGACAGUAACUAACCAACUAACUAGCUAGUUAACUUUCUGCUGAUCGAUCACACAACAAACACUGGGAUUUAAGCCACAUUUUCCACUGCAGGAUCCAGAAAAGUCGUUUCAGAGAUGCAGAUGCACUUUGAAGCGUCGAGCAGCGUCACGCUGCUCUUUGACUUUUGGAGUGUUCACGGCCCUGGAGGGAUGGUUCUUUCAGUUCUGGUGGUACUGCUGCUGACAGUAUUAUACGAGUUCCUCAAGGUGUGGAAGAACGUCCUUAGCAAACAGUCUGAACCUCAUCUAGCCCCUUCUGUCCCGGUGUCCUUCUCUACAUCUCCAGAGGUGGGACAUCCUGAGAGCACUUCAUCGCUAUCUAACAGUCCAUCCCAAGUUUCUCUGGCUCCCACCGAGAAUUCGGCUACCCCUGCUCUCGGCACUUCCACUGUGAACAGCUGGCUCCUUCAUGGCGUCAGGACAGGACUGCAUAUUGUUCAGGUGGUCCUGGGAUACAUGCUUAUGCUCUGCGUCAUGUCCUACAACGUCUGGAUAUUCAUCGGAGUCAUCGUGGGCUCUUUGUUAGGCUAUUUCAUCGCUUACCCUGUCUCGGCUUAUGUCGCGUAAGUGGCCAGGGGUAAAGCAGAAGCUACGAAUCAGGGAUUUACUUCCUUUCUCUUUUAGACUGACAAACUAGACAAAUUUACACGGUCCUUAUCCACGAGUAUGCAAAAGUGGGCUGUUUUUACAGUGCAUAGAAAUUUGCAUGGAUUUGUUUUGUUGUUUUUUUUUUGUUUUUAGAGAACACCAUGCUGUUUUUUUAACUUAAUCCUAAAGCAUUCAUUCAUUUUCUGAGUGCAAAUGUUAGAAGUUAGGUCUUAACCCAGUCUAGUUUAAACAGUGCGAGUUCUGAUUACAUGAUCGUCGUGCUCCAUGUCAAUUUAUAAUCUUGCUUUCAUGACUUUAGCCCUGGGACACCCGAUCUCCGGCGUCAGGUGACCAGAUCCUGGCUCAUCAAGGUCAAUGCCACUUUACUGUGUGGUAGUUAAUGUGUAGUUCUUUUUAACACACACAGAAAACCGUGUGCUCUACGUGUACACACUGAAUCUCCAACAAAGGAGGCAUGUGAUGGCUGGGAAUAACCUUUUACUUCCUCUUGAAAGAUUUAGUCAUAUUGUGAACUUCCAUGGUUUCACAGUUUUUCGAACUCGUGAUUGACACGAGUCACAUGUCAAUGACUUUUUUUUUUUUUUUUCCUCUUCUUUUCAUGUAUCAUGUGGCCUUAUCUUAAAUGCACAAGCGAUAGCUGCAAGGAGGAAUGUUGUUUUUUUUUUUUUUUUUUUUUUUAAGUUUUGAAGUGAAUCUUAAUUUAGUACCGUUACUGUUUUUCUAACAAGUUUGCCAUAACUUAAGCUUUUUUUUUCCAACUACAUUUCUUUUUAAAUUAUAUUAAAUUGAUUUGGGUAAUAAUCUGGAUUGUGCUUCUGUUCAGUUACUGAAAACCAGACUGCAGACAGGAUCAAUUUGAGCACCAUUAUCUUUCAGGUCCACGGGAUUGGAAGGAUCUGAACUUUCACCAUUUAUUAAGUUUUCCCAAUGUGAACCUUUUUUUUUUUUUUUUUUUUUU